GGCACUUGUGUCUGAACCUGUGAUGUGACCUGUAGGUGGCGGUCAACAGUUGGCGAUUAUUCGUUCUAUAUGGAAAUAUGACGGUGUGGUGGAUCUGGGUACUGCUGUGGUGUUUUUACAUGCGGGGGCGUCAGGGGCAGAAAGUGUGUAUUGGAACUGAUCAGGGUUUCAGCUACACUGGUGACCUGCUGCAGCAUUACGAGAGACUACAGCGGCGUUACGCCGACUGUACCCACGUGAGCGGCAACCUCGAGAUAACGCACAUCAGCGACCCCAACAUCGGCUACAACCUCACUUUCCUACAAACGAUCCAAUACGUGACCGGCUACGUUCUGAUUGGCCUAGUCACAGAGGUCAAGAUCAUCCCAUUGGAUCGCCUGCAGGUCAUACGUGGUGAUGCGACCUUUAACCUCUUGGGAAAACGCUGCUCAUUGGCUGUUACUUUAACCUCCACGGGAAAUGACACCAAGCGUGGAUUAAGAGAAAUUCAUUUGCCAGCUUUAACAGAAAUUAUCAGAGGAAAUGUCGCAUUCUUUCACAACGCCGACCUGUGUUAUGUUGACACAGUUUUAUGGAGCGCCAUUACUGGGGACAAGAAUGAUGCAGUCUUUACAAAAACUGGAUCGUCACCAUUAUGUAAACCUUGUUCCGUGUCUUGUUACUAUGGCAACGUCAGUCGAUGUUGGGGACCAAGUCGAAAUCUUUGCCAGAAAGUGGAAGACGAAAACACAGAACCAACGGAGAAAGAUAAAGUUUGUAGUGGAACACAAAUGGGUUUCAGCUACAGCGGGUCGCUGGAACGUCAUUACCAGAGAUUACGUCAUCGCUACACCGACUGCACGUACAUAAGAGGCAACCUAGAACUGACGCAUCUACGCGACCCACGCGUCCAGUACGACCUGUCGUUUCUGAAGACCAUCAGAUACGUCACCGGCUACGUGCUCGUUGCCAUGAUAACACGAGUUCCGGCGAUUCCCUUAGACAGUCUGCAGACGAUACGCGGAGAUGAGUUGUUCCCCCUGCUGAGGUCAGAGUGCAGUCUGGCGGUGGCCCUGAACUACGACGACCACGACGGCAAACGUGGAUUACGGGAACUCCGUUUAUUAUCACUAACAGACAUCAGCCACGGUGAGGUCGUGUUCGUUGAAAAUCCACACCUGUGUUACGUGAACACCAUCAAUUGGGAUGACGUCAUUGGAGGCAAAACCAAACCGAGGUUUACAGAAAACCAUUCAGGGAUUCCAGCUUUCUCGGAAACAUGCAAGCCUUGUUCGCCUAGCUGUCAGAAUGACAAGACACGCCGUUGUUGGGGACAUCUGAACAAACACUGUCAAAAAGUUGCAGAUUACGAUAAUAACUUUAUAGACAAUGAAUGUCACGGCACCAACAUGGGCCUCAGCUACGUGGGCUCAUUACAGAAGCACUACGACUGGAUGAAGAGCCACUACAGGUACUGCACGUACGUCCACGGUAACCUGGAAAUAACCCACCUGCGAGACCCCGCCAUUCACUAUGACCUCAGCUUCCUCGAGCACAUCCGUUACGUCACGGGCUACGUGCUGAUAGCGCUGAUAUCGCACGUGGAGGUCGUCCCGCUAACCCGGCUGGAGAUCAUCCGCGGCAAUACGACGUUUGACCUCUUCAACGACCGCUCCAGUCUGGCCGUGCUCGUAACCUACAGCAGAAACGAGAAGGGCUACUUCGGAUUAGUAGAAUUACAGAUGCCAGCUUUGAAAGAAAUUUCAAGGGGACGAAUCAUAUUCUCACAAAAUCCCACGUUGUGUUACGUGCACACAAUACACUGGGACUCAAUCACAGGAGGCAGGUACGCUGCUGUAACCAUGGACACCUCAGACGGCGUCACGGCAUUUUCACAGAAAUGUGACGUCUGUCCGUCUGUGUGUGAAGUCGAGGGUGUGAAACGAUGCUGGGGUCAGUCAACACGACUCUGUCAACGAGUGCUGCCGUCGAAGAAGUGCCACACGUCGUGUCCACAGCGCUGCUUCGCCCUGGGUUUGCUAGGCUGCUGCAGAUCCCAGUGUGCAUCCACCUGUGACGGUCCUACUACUAACGACUGCAAGCUAUGCAAGGAUUAUCGCUUUGGGCAUCAGUGCCUGUCAAGCUGUCCAUAUGAUCGACAUACAUUUCCAGUCGGACAGAUAUGUGCUGUUGUUCCACCCUAGCUGACAGAUAUACUGGACAGAUAUGUGUCAUGUUGUUCUACCCUAGCUGACAGAUAUACUGGACAGAUGUGUGUCAUGUUGUUCCACCCUAGCUGACAGAUAUACUGGACAGAUGUGUGUCAUGUUGUUCUACCCUAGCUGACAGAUAUACUGGACAGAUGUGUGUCAUGUUGUUCCACCCUAGCUGAAAGAUAUGUGUCAUGUUGUUCCACCCUAGCUGAAAGAUAUGUGUCAUGUUGUUCCACCCUAGCUGAAAGAUAUGUGUCAUGUUGUUCCACCCUAGCUGACAGAUAUAUUGGACAGAUAUGUGUCAUGUUGUUCCACCCUAGCUGACAGAUAUAUUGGACAGAUAUGUGUCAUGUUGUUCCACCCUAGCUGACAGAUAUGUUUCAUGUUGUUCCACCCUAGCUGACAGAUAUGUGUCAUGUUGUUCCACCCUAGCUGACAGAUAUAUUGGACAGAUAUGUGUCAUGUUGUUCCACCCUAGCUGACAGAUAUGUUUCAUGUUGUUCCACCCUAGCUGACAGAUAUGUGUCAUGUUGUUCCACCCUAGCUGACAGAUAUGUCAUGUUGUUCCACCCUAGCUGAAAGAUAUACUGGACAGAUAAGUCCUGCUGUUCCACCCUAGCUGACAGAUAUACUGGACAGAUAUGUGUCAUGUUGUUCCACCCUAGCUGACAGAUGUGUGUCAUGUUGUUCCACACUAGCUGACAGAUAUACUGGACAGAUAUGUGUCAUGUUGUUCCACCCUAGCUGACAGAUAUGUGUCAUGUUGUUCCACCCUAGCUUAAAGAUAUACUGGACAGAUAUGUCCUGUUGUUCCACCCUAGCUGACCGAUAUACUGGACAGAUAUGUGUCAUGUUGUUCCACUCUAGCUAACAGAUGUGUCAUGUUGUUCCACCCUAGCUGACAGAUAUGUGUCAUGUUGUUCCACCCUAGCGGACAGAUAUACUGGACAGAUAUGUGUCAUGUUGUUCCACCCUAGCUGACAGAUGUAUUGGACAGAUGUGUGUCAUGUUGUUCCACCCUAGCUGACAGAUAUAUUGGACAGAUAUGUGUCAUGUUGUUCCACCCUAGCUGACAGAUAUACUGGGCAGAUAUGUCCUGUUGUUGCACCUUAGCUGAAAGAUAUACGGAACAAAUAUAUAUUUGUUAUUCCACCGUACUGACAUAUAUACAGGACAAAUAUGUGCUGUUGUUCCACCCUAGCCGACAUAUAUACAGGACAAAUAUGUGCUGUUGUUCCACCCUAGCUGACCGAUAUAUUGGACAGAUGUGUGGCAUGUUGUUCCACCGUAGCUGACAGAUAUGUGUCAUGUUGUUCCACCCUAGCUUACAUAUAUACAGGACAGAUAUGUGUUGUUGUUCCACCCUAGUAGAAAGAUAUACGGGACAAAUAUGUCCUGUUGUUCCACCCUCGCUGACAUAUAUACAGGACAAAUAUGUGCUGUUGUUCCACCCUAGCUGACAUAUAUACAGGGCAGAUAUGUGCUGUUGUUCCACCCUAGCUGACAGAUAUAUUGGACAGAUAUGUGUCAUGUUGUUCCACCCUAGCUGACAGAUAUGUGUCAUGUUGUUCUACCCUAGCUGACAUGUAUACAGGACACAUAUGUGUUGUUGUUCCACCCUAGUAGAAAGAUAUACGGGACAAAUAUGUCCUGUUGUUUCAUCCUAGCUGACAUAUAUACAGGAUAAAUAUGUGCUGUUGUUCCACCCUAGCUGAACGAUAUAUGGGACAGAUAUGUGCUGUUGUUCCACCCUAGCUGACAGAUAUAUUGGACAGAUAUGUGUCAUGUUGUUCCACCCUAGCUGACAGAUAUGUGUCAUGUUGUUCCACCCUAGCUGACAGAUAUGUGUCAUGUUGUUCUACCCUAGCUGACAUGUAUACAGGAAACAUAUGUGUUGUUGUUCCACCCUAGUAGAAAGAUAUACGGGACAAAUAUGUCCUGUUGUUCCAUCCUAGCUGACAUAUAUACAGGAUAAAUAUGUGCUGUUGUUCCACCCUAGCUGAACGAUAUAUGGGACAGAUAUGUGUCAUGUUGUUCUGCUCUAGCUGGGAACGUGCUAUUGUUCUAGUCAGAUAUGUGCUGUUAGUCCACCUGAGCUGACAAGGCACAUAUUAUGUCUUGUCGUUUCACUCUAGCUGGAAACGUGCUAUUGUUCUAGUCAGAUACGUGCUGUUAGUCCACCUGAGCUGACAAGGAACAUAUUAUGUCUUGUCGUUUCACUCUAGCUGGAAACGUGCUAUUGUUCUAGUCAGAUACGUGCUGUUAGUCCACCUGAGCUGACAAGGCACAUAUUAUGUCUUGUCGUUUCACUCUAGCUGGAAACGUGCUGAUAUUCAACUCAUGUAUGAUGUAUGUGGACAAAUGACAUAUUGGUAACAAAUGUAACUGAAAGAAGAUAUUGUUCAAAUUGGAGGGAAAAGUAAAUAAAAUGAAUGAAAACAACCCAACACAACUGGCCGUUUUUGCACAAUUGUUUUUUUUUUCAACAUUACUUCUUGUAGCAAAUUGACAUAAUAAAUAAUAAUAAUUAAAAAAAACCCAGUUGGUUUUUACAGGGAGACAAGUUCAAGCAACAUGUGCAAAACAAUGUUUAUAUGCAAUGCUGUGUUGUAAUAAAGACCAAGUUAUGCUUUUUACUUCAAAUGCAUUUUAUUCAAUUUCGUCUUCUAGUUCUUACCAAUAAGUAAUUUGUCAACAUACUUAAUAUGUAUAUUACAUUUCUAUACAAAAAUAUUCAGUGAAAUACUCAGUUAUUUAUACUUUUCGACUUUUCGGUAUGUGCAUGUAUAUGUAUGUAUGUAUGUAUAUAUGUAUGUAUGUAUAGCAAUAUUUUCGCAAACCA